UCUUCACAAGAAAACCCUCCUCCUCCAACCGUCUCUCUACCUCUCUCUCCUCUCCUCAUAAUAAAGCAGAAUUUUCUUCACAGUGCUUGCCUCCGCCAUCUGAACACCUGAGAAUCGCCGGAAAUUCUCUGUUGUUACCAUCAUUGUUCUCUUUCCGUCGACUCCUCUCCUCAUUUUGUCUGCGUCUCUUUCGACGCUCCACGGUUCAAGAUGUCUGUUGGCUCUAAAAAAGAAUCUGAGACUGAUAGUUUGAAGAAGUAUCAAGACUUCUAUUAUGCGGAUCUGAAGCAAGGUCUCAUAAGAAUUAAAGCUUCUGGUUCUAUGUAUAGAUGUCCAUUCUGCCAUGGGAGGAGUGGAAAGGAGGACUUCCAAUUUAAGGAGCUUCUCCGACAUGCUUCUGGUGCAGGGAGAAGCUCACAGAGCUGGACCAUAAAGGAAAGGGCAAAACACUUGGCUUUGGAGAGGUAUAUGAAUAAGUAUUUUUGUCUUGAAGAUCAACCUCAGCCUGUCCGCAAGGAGCAGCGUGAUGACCGUGGUCAGCCUCAACCUGUCCACAAAGGGCAGUGUUAUGAUCGUGAUCAAUCUCAAGCUAUCUGCAAGGAGCAGCGUUAUGAUUGUGAUCGACCUCAAACUGUCUGCAAGGAGAAACGCUAUGAUUGCAAACAACCUCAACUUGUCCACAAGGAGCAGCAUUAUGAUCGUGAUCGACCUCAAUCUGUCUUCAAGGAGCAGAAUUACGAUUGUGAUCGACCUCAAUCUGACUGCAAGCAGCAGCAUUACGAUCAUGAUCAACCUCAAUCUGUUCACAAGGAGGAGGGCUAUGAUCGUGAUCAACCUCAACCUGUUCACAAGGAGCAGUAUUAUGAUCGUGACCAACCUCAGCCAAAGGAUCAACCUCAACUUGUACACAAGGAGCAGCAUUAUGAUUGUGAUCGACCUCAAUCUGUCCGCAAGGAGCAGCAUUACAAUCGUGAUCGACCUCAAUUUUUUCGCAAGGAGGAGGUUUAUGAUCAUGAUCAACCUCAACCUGUUCACAAGGAGCAGUAUUAUGAUCGUGAUCAACCUCAACUGAAGGGUCAACUCGAAGUUCGGAACCACUUUCUUCCAGAGGAUCAACCUCAAGUUGUCCAAAAGGAGCAGCAUUAUGAUCGUGAUCGACCUCAAUCUGUUCGCAAGGAGGAGAGUCAUGAUCAUGAUCAACCUCAACCUAUUCACAAAGAGCAGUAUUAUGAUCGUGAUCAACCUCAACCGAAGGAUCAACUCGAAGUUCGCAACCACUUUCUUCCAGAGGAUCAACCUCAAGUUGUCCAAAAGGAGCAGCAUUAUGAUCGUGAUCGACCUCAAUCUGUCCGCAAGGUGCAGCAUUACGAUCGUGAUCGACCUCAAUUUGUUCACAAGGAGGAGCGUUAUGAUCAUGAUCAACCUCAACCUGUUCACAAGGACCAGUAUUAUGAUCGUGAUCAACCUCAACCGAAGGAUCAACUCAAAGUUCGAAACCCCUUUCUUCCAGAGGAUCAACCUCAACCUAUCUGCAAGGAGCAGUGUUAUGAUCGUGAUCAGUUGUUUGUCUGGCCUUGGAUGGCUAUUGUAGCAAACAUACAAACUGAGAUACAUGCUGGACGACGUGUUGGGGAAAGUGGUUCCAAACUUAGAGAUGAAUUUAUGAGACAAGGUUUUAACCCUUUGAAGGUUCAUCCUCUGUGGAACCGCUUUGGUCAUUCUGGAUAUGCAGUUGUAGAGUUUAACAAGGAUUGGGAUGGUUUUAGAAAUGCCUUAAUGUUUGAAAAUAGCUUUGAAGUUGACCAUCAGGGGAAGAAGGACUAUAAUGUUUCAAGAGACCGGGGAAAGAAAUUGUAUGGUUGGGUGGCAAGGGAUGAUGACUACAACUCGAAAAGCGUAUUUGGGGAUUAUCUGCGGAAGAAUGGGGACUUGAAAACUGUAUCGGGUAAAGAGGCUGAGGAUAACAGUAAAGCAUUAAGGCUUGUCUCAAACUUGACCAAUACACUGGAAAAUAAAAAUCUACAUCUUAAGGAGAUCACUCACAAAGUUCUAGAGACUAAUGCAUCCUUAAAUAAUAUGAUGGAACAGAUGGACGAAACGGUUAAAAUUUACAAUGACAACAUUAGAAGAAUGCAGCAGGAUGCACGGGAUCAUUUAGAACAUAUUGUCUCGGAACAUGAAAAGGUUAAACUACAAUUAAAAGAUCAGAAGAAGGAACUUCAGCAACGUGAGCAUCAACUGCUUGAUCGUGAGGCUCAAAAUGAUAAUGAGAGAAGAAAGUUGUAUCAGGAGAAGAAAAUGAAUGAAAGGGCCACUUUGGAGCAAAAGAAGGCAGAAGAUGAAGUCUUGCUUCUAGCAGGGGAACAACAAAAAGAGAAGGAAAAGCUUCACAAAAAGAUCAUAGAGCUGGAACAGAAGCUUGAUGCAAGACAAGCAUUAGAGUUGGAAAUUGAGAGGCUGAAGGGCUCGUUAGAAGUAAUGAAACAUAUGGGUGAGGAUGGAGAUGAUGAUGCCAAGAAAAAAAUGGACCAGAUUCAACAAGAUUUGAAUGAGAAGGAAGAAGAAUUUGAAUACUUUCAAAACAUCAAUCAAAAUCUCAUCAUCAAAGAGCGUAGAACCAAUGAUGAAGUUCAAGAUGCGCGCAAAGAAUUGAUUCAUGUGUAUGGCGGUUCGUCGACCAGAGCCUUUAUUGGUGUCAAGAGAAUGGGGGAUCUUGACAGCAAACCAUUCUGCACAGCCAUAAAGUUGAAGUAUGCCAAGGAAGAAGCAGAUGAGAAAGCAGUAGAGUUGUGCUCAGAAUGGGAGGACAAGCUUCGUGACCCUAGCUGGCAUCCCUUCAGGAUUAUAGAGGACGAUGGAGGACAAGCUAAGGAAAUUAUUGAUGAAAAUGAUGAGAUGUUGAAGAAUUUGAGGAAUGAGUAUGGAGAUGAAGUUUACAAGGCCGUUGUUACAGCCUUGAUGGAAAUGAACGAAUAUAACCCAAGUGGUAGAUAUACAGUUUUGGAGCUGUGGAACUUUAAAGAGGGAAGAAAAGCGACAUUAAAGGAAGGAGCAGCUCAUAUAUUGAAGCAAUGGAAACUGCACAAAAGAAGGAAAAGCUGAAGGCAAGCGCUCCAGAUUUCCAUAUUGGUAAGUUUUCCUGUCUAAUUACUUUUAAUGGAGAACUAUUAGAAGGAAAUGAUUUUUUCUUCCCUUUGAUUUUUGUUAAUACAAUAAAUGUGAGGUAGAGAUUUAAACUCGUAACCUUAAAAAUAAAUAAAUAAAUAGAUGCCUAAACUAUUGAACUAGGUUCGAGUUUGAUU